GGCAUCGCAUAUGCAUAGUAUCCGGCAAAGAUCAAGCUGAUACGCUAGUGCUUCGUCCAUCUACUAGACCUGCAGCCUGGUUAGCUACUAAGUUAAGUUAGUUCUAUAAUUUGUUGUUGUUCUGAUCUAGUCCCCUUCCCUUUGUUCUUUUUCAGUGCGCUUGCUGACACGAGUAUACACACUGCCGACUGAACUAACACAACUCAAGCCUUGGAGAUGAACAGACGGCAGUCGAUCAAUUGUUUUCUAUCCAGUUUGCAGUAACUGGCUGACUUGAAAUGCCUCGAUCGGGCACAUCAAACAAUAGAAGUACCGUUACAGAGCAGAGUUGUACAAGAGCUAAUUAAGGUGCUGCUGCUGACAGGAGUAUAGCUGACUGAGCUGCACCGGCAUGCGUGCGUGGUGCCAACUGCGGGCACGUGUGGCUGGCAUGGGUAAUGAAGCUGAGCGCGCAGGAUCCGAACGAACGCACGACUCUUCACGGAAAUCUCACUGGGUACACCUGUCAUCUCACCGACAUAUGAUGCGAUGCUUCCUUCUCCUCUUCCUCUUAUAGCUAGUGUUCUGUCUACUCGUACAGUCGUACUACAAGACAUUUCUCUUUGUCAUCCUCGAUCCCCACCUAUAUAGCCGCGCACCAUCCUUGGUCGCGGGUGCGGCUUCGAAGCCUUAUAGUCAGUACAUUCAAGUGGCUGGCCGCCGUCGAUCUCGCUUACCACUAUCUGCUAGGGCAGCACCUGCGCGCGCUGUGCUGCUUGCUAAGCUGGUCAGGUAGGGGCACGCCGACGAGAGGAACACUCUGCCCGGUCGACCGGAGACGGGGAGAGCUAGAUAGAAGAGGGCCAAGGAGAUCGAUCGAGCACAUAGGAGUUCCAACAUCCGAUGCAUUAUUCGGCCGUCUCUUCCUCCUCCCGCUUCGCGGCCGUGGUGGUGGUCGUGGCGGUGGUUCUUGCGUCGUCCGCGGUGUGCUGCCGGGCGCAGCUGGCGAACAACUACUACGCCGGCAAGUGCAAUAACACGAACGUGGAGGCCGUCAUCCUGAGCGCCGUGAAGGCUCGCCUCUCGUGGGAAAAUAAGAUAGUCGCCGGCCUCCUCCACAUGAUCUUCCACGACUGCUUCGUCCAGGGGUGUGACGCAUCGAUACUGCUGGACGGGCCUGGCACGGAGAAGACGGCGGUGCAGAACACCGGCAUCUUCGCCUACGACCUCAUCGACGACAUCAAGUCCGAACUCGAGGCGGCGUGCCCCGGCGUCGUCUCCUGCGCCGACAUCAUCGUGGCCGCAACCAGAGACGCUGUCGGCAUGUGCGGUGGGCCGAGCUACGCGGUGCAGCUGGGUAGGAGGGACGGCAUGUCCUCGAUGUCCUGGAAGUGCAGCGACCUGCCCCCACCGCACGUCGACAUCCCGACGGCGGCAGCCAUGUUCGCCAAUAAGGGCUUCAACAGCUUCGAGAUGGCCGCACUCAUGGGCGCGCACACGGUGGGGGUGACGCACUGCUCGCUGAUCCAGGACAGGCUGUACAACUUCAACGGCACCGGCGCGGCAGACCCGUCCAUGGACCCGGCCUACUGUGGGAUCCUGCAGAAAUACGCCUGCCCCCAGGGGCAGAGCUUCGACAACAUCGUCUACCUCGACGACCCCAAUAGCAUCCUCACCUUCGACACGAGCUACUUCAACCAGAUCACCAAACAACGCGCUGCCCUCGGGGUCGACCAGGGCCUCGGCGACGACCCCUCCACCGCCUGGAUGGUCAGGUACUUUGCCGACAGCAAUAACUUCUUCCCCAUGUUUGUCCAGGCGAUCAACAAGCUCGCCGCCGUUGAAGUCUUGACGGGCACAGAUGGAGAGAUCCGAACGAACUGCCGGGCAACAAACUAAACCGAAUACUUUUAUUUUUGCUAGAAAUAUCAUAGUAUAAGAGAGAUGGAGAAAAUAGAUGGCCAUUCGAUGCCCAAUUGAGAUCCAUCUACAUUCUUUUUUUUAGCAUUCUUGUCGAUGAUCACAUAUGAUUCGGCUAGUCAAUCUGAGUAGAAUUUUUGUUGUCAAAUUCUUUUGUACGUGGCUGGUAUAAAAAUAAGCAUUCCAUGAUAUAUGAGAAUAAGAUCGACACUAGUGUAGGAUUCUUUUACCAAAGGAAAUGAAAUGAGAAAAAAAGUUACAUCCUGUCAAGAACCAGCAGGGACUUGCUUGGCAGGAGGGCAAA